UGCAUUUUAUCGAAUCUUGUUCUCAUAUACUCAGCUUGAUUUUUCUCGUUACCUAAAGUCAUGGAGGUCAUUGUUCAAAUGAUCUACCUACUGCUGAACCUUGCAUUUUCUUUUGGACACCAUGCAUUUGAAGUGUCUGUCCAGACAGACAACUAUCUUCCGGUCAUCGGUGAAGAUUUCACUCUGGUCUGUACCUUCACACCUGAAACCAGAUAUCGGCGGAUUGUUUGGACGAAGAUUAGCAAUAUCCAGGUGGCAAGUCAAUCAUGUUCACCAUAUCCAUUCGCAACUUAUCUUGACCCAGAGAAAUUCAGCUUGGCCGCUGAUACGUCAAGUGGAAAUUUAACAGUAUAUAACCUUGACGAAAAUGAUAACGACAUUUAUACUUGCUCAUUAAGCAGCACAAACGGGGUUUGGAAACCAGGAUCCAGUAGCAUACAGGUAACGCCACUACAACCGGCUGCACCCUUCAGGAUUCGUAUAACAGACGAGAACUUGAAUCUUCCUUACUUUCACAACACGACUAUAAAAGUAACGGCUGGACAUCAAGUUAACAUCAUAUGCGAAGCAUACUGGGCGAGGCCUCCUGUAGUACUACGAUGGUAUAUGCCCUACGAUGUAAUAGCUUUAUCUCAUGAUCAGUCUGAUGCCAUACGAGACGACCUAUAUAUCUCCCAAAAAGCUCUAACAAUCAAAGCCUCUAAGAAUGACCGAGGAAGGAUACUCGAAUGCACUGCAUCCCAUCCACUACUUCAAAUCAAUCUCCAAAUAUCGGUUCAUUUGAAUGUUCAUGUUCUACCAUCUAGUAUGCUGCUCUUUGUUCCUCACGCUGAAGGCCACCAAGAACAUGGAACUCCGUCAAGAAGUCUAUACAUUAAAGAAGAUUCAAUCACUUCAGUCACUUGUAAAGCGAUUGGAUCAUUCCCAGCGACUGAAUUAGAAUGGCAUUUUCCCGAUGGCAACAUUAGCAUGCUGAACAACACAGAGACUAGAAGUUUCGUUUCAGAUGAUAAUUUAGCUUACACUGAGAGUUCCAUCAAAAUACGGCCAGAGAAGAAGGACCAUGGACAGUACAUUCACUGCAACGCAUAUAUGGUUGGCAAGUUUGUUGACCGAGCAGUAGCCAGAUUGAUAGUGUACGCCAUACCAGAUAAUGUUAAACUGACCGUCCCAGAGAGCCUUCAAGACGGUAUCCAAACCGACAUAACCUGCACAGCUCGCAAUGGGUAUCCUGCUCCUUUCAUUCACUGGUAUAUCGGAUCAAGGAACGUCACAGGCAAUUCAACCCAGAGGACAUCCAUCAACAACGCUGGUCGAUAUGAUGCCGAAAGCACUCUAAUCGUUGUACUCAAUAGGUUUGACCAUGGGAAACAUCUUCUAUGUCAGGCAUUUCAACCUGAUACGCCUUUGGAAUCGUCAAUAAAUGCAAGCAUGAUUUUGAACAUAUCCUGUGAGUAUCAAUAACUACUGCUUGAGUAAUGAAUAGUGAAAUGAAAUAUAAUAAAUAUUUGGAAUAUUGUGCAAUUCUACUUCUCAGUUUAUUUAGAAUUGUAGAGAUAUUCUCUAUUCUGUGACUUGCAUCGACAACGAAAGCUCUUUACAUGUAACAUUAGUCCAAAGAUCGUUUACUUUUCUUUUACACAAAAUUGCCAUUUUUGCUUCAGUUACUUUUUACAAUGACAACACAAUCCUACCCAUUUAUCUGAGAAAAAAAAUUAUUCCCCUUUUUUUUUGCAUUACAUGCUUCUG